AAAAAAUUAUGCGGGGCCGGCCCGCGCUAGCCCCUCCUCCGGCCACGACUGCACGCACGUGAUAACGGAUUCAGACAACAGCGCGAUCGUGGUCAUACAACGCUUUUUAAAACCGGUGCUGCUUUAUGUCCUAAAUUGGGACUUAAACACUAUUUGUGGUGAAAAUGAAAAACGGUCGUGUGGCUUAAAUGCAUUUCUAAAACGGAGAUCUAUCUAAGCUGAUCUGAUUGUCAGGGGCAAAGUUUCUACAGCACAACACUUUUAACUUAAGGGAGUCCUCCUGGCGGGAAGCCGGGCUCCUCUCCUUCCCCUCCUCUUCCGUGGAUGGAGAGGCAAUCGGAGGUUGCUGGCAAGGAAGGGACCGCCUUCUCUUCCUUUCUCGCCUCACCAAACAUGGCUGCGGCUCCUGCCCUCUUGGCCGUGAAGAUUGGAAUUAUUGGAGGGACCGGUCUGGAUGACCCUGACAUUUUGGAAGGCAGAACCGAAAAAUAUGUUGAUACACCUUACGGGAAGCCAUCAGAUGCUUUAAUUUUGGGAAAGAUAAAAAAUGUUGACUGUGUGCUUCUAGCCAGGCAUGGAAGGCAUCAUACAAUUAUGCCAACAAGUAUCAAUUACCGUGCCAAUCUGUGGGCACUGAAAGAAGAGGGUUGCACUCAUCUGUUAGUGACUACUGCCUGCGGUUCAUUAAGAGAAGAGAUUCAGCCUGGAGAUAUUGUCAUUAUCGACCAGUUCAUAGACAGGACAACCAAAAGGCACCUCACUUUUUAUGAUGGGAACCAUUCCUGCCUUCCAGGCGUAUGCCACAUUUCUAUGGCCGAACCCUUCUGUGCCAAAACCAGAGAAGUUCUCAUGGAUGUUGCAAAGAAGCUUGGGAUUAAAUGCCACUCAAAAGGGACAAUGAUCACAAUUGAAGGGCCUCGUUUCAGUUCCCGAGCAGAAAGUCUGAUGUUUCGCAUCUGGGGGGGAGAUGUUAUCAACAUGACUACAGUCCCUGAAGUGGUUCUUGCAAAGGAAGCCGGAAUCUGCUAUGCAAGUAUUGCUAUGGCAACUGACUAUGACUGUUGGAAAGAACAUGAAGAAACAGUUUCAGUGGACAAGGUGUUAAAGACAUUGAAAGAAAACGCUAAUAAAGCAACUAGCUUACUGCUUACUGCUAUACCUCAGAUUGGUUCCAUGGAUUGGACAGAAACCCAGCACAGCUUGAAAAAUUCUGUGCAGUUGUCCAUUAUGCUACCAAAACAUUGAAGGUCUGGUAAGACACACUGAAGCUCAUCCCAAACAAGAAGAGAUCUUUUGAGAGCUUGAGAGAACCCUGAAAGGACUUGAUUAAAACAUGCAACAUUUUCAUUCUUGUCUGCUAAUAUACUUCUUGUUUUGGCGCACAAUCAUACAGAGGUUGAAGAUGCUUCCCACCGGGCUGGAUUAACUGAUUUUAUGAGAACUGACAAACCACAGAAUAGGAAUUGAGCAACAAAUAUUUAAUUAAUCAUGCUUCAUAGACAUCGGGAGAGAAAAUAAGAUAUCAAGGGCUACCAUCCAAGUAUUAGCUCAUCACUCCUUGUAAAGAUGUCAAGGCAAAGGCAAGGUUGGUGUAUGUGCUCUUAACUGCACCAAAAUGGAGAAAAUCUCAAAAACACAAAACCCACAGACCUAUAGACCAGUUGCAUUGAUGGCUCUUCUUUAGGCGGCAUUUUUCUUGUUAAUUUAAAAAGAAAUGUGUGUUUUUGUUUUUUGCAUUGAAUGAUGUAUUUUAAUUUUGUGAGAUUUCAUUUUAAUAUUUUUGUAUCUUUUUUUACAACAAAAUAUUCUUUUGUAUAAAAGUGGUUGCUUUCUUAUCUAGAUAGGCAUUUUUAAAUCAGAAUCUGGAAAACGUCCAGCUGGUACAUGGGGACAGCGGAGCAAGGGGGGGUGGGGACGAGCGUCCCUCGGCUUCCAGGGUUUGGGGGUGUCAAGGUACCCCCUCACCCACACCCACACCCAACCAGUGAACAAAGUGCUUGCUGGCUGGAGUGCAAGGCAUGCUCCUGUCCUUCGCAACCAGUGUUUUGUUGAAACGCUGGCUAGCUCGGGACUUUCUGCCCUGCCUCACUCCCGAGGAGUGGGGGCGGGGGGGGGGAAUCUCAGCCAGUCAGCUUCCAUUUCAAUGAAACACUGACUGGGAAGGAUCAGGAGAGGGUCCAAAAGGAUCCUCUUCUUGGUAGUGAGCAUGCCACCUGUGUCAAUAUCAGAUGUAGGGGGCGUGGCCAGUGCCAGGCCACUUGGCCCUGCUGUGGAGUCGCCCUGUCAGUGGCUCAUGGAAUCGCUUCUUGGAGGCAGGCAGAGAAAGGCGCUCCCUGACCACAAUUCCACAAACCACUGACUGUGGGGAGACUCUGCAGCGGGGCUGAGUGGCCCAGCACUGGCCACGCCCCCUGCAUCUGCCAUUGACGCAGGGGGCAUGAUUUGUGCACGCUAAUGCAUGCGUGCCCAAAGCAGUUUUGAAAGGGAGCCUCCAACAGAACCUUGUCCCCUGGCCACCAGUGAGUUCCCUGUGCCCCUGACAUCAAGGGUACAGUCCUGUUUUCUGCAAGAUAGUAGGUCAUAGAGCAGCUCCAUUAACUUUUCCAGGUGAACCUUCCUGCCGCCACUGUUACUAUGCUCCUUUGUCUAUGGCUGCCCCCACAUAUUGAGGGCCCUAGGGAGGAGGUAGUGCAUGAAUGCUUCACUGUAAGAUGCUGAGAGGCCUCUGCCUCAAGUGAAUGCUGAGGCCAUAAGGGAGCAGUGGCCCCCAAGGUAGCCUGGUGGGAGAGAGGAGAGCCACACUGCUCUCUACUGGAACCAUUCCAUGCAUUCUGCUUGCACAGAACCUAGACUCCAAGUCCAUACUUGGGCAGUUUUGUUCUCCUAUGUUAGCUGUAAAUGAAAGUGCAAUUUACAAGUGCAAGCCCCAUGGAAUGUCUAGGGCUUGCAUAGGUGCUGUGUUUUGGAAUAAUAUUGCAAAUUCUGUCCCAAAUUAUUUGAGCCUACUUUCAACUUCACUUAUUCUGAAACACCAAGAGGGACAGUGAUCUGCUAUAUCUCUGAAGAAAGUCUUUGUUUCACUCCAGUUCUUAGUGGAUGAAUGUAUCCAAUAUAUGCACAGGUGUAGUCAUGCCAUUUUAUUUCUAUACUGUGUAUGUUUAAUGCCCGCAUUUGCCUUCAGGAAAAGAAUAUGCUGCUGCUUAUAUCAAAAUAAAACCAAACAUAACCUCC